GAUCUACUUGUCUUCUUGUUUGCCUCAUCAGUGACGCAUUUCUUUCACUUUCAUUCCACUUCGGGAGUGCGUUGCUAGUGUGACAACAUCCUUGAACGAACGAUUGCACUGUCGUGCGCGUGAGUUUCUCUGCCUGUCUGAUAUCUAAAACAAAGCUAAUUGUGUCACCAUCCUCUGUUAGAUCAACCUCUUUUCCUUUUACUGUUGGCCAACUCCACCCACCGCAGCCGUCACACAUCUCCGCUUUCCUUUAUGACGUUGAUUUCAUGCCGCAAUGACCAGCACUGCCUUGUCAACCGGAACGCCUGCUCAAAGCUGGAGUGGUGCUGCACGACGCACGUACCCUCCUUCGACAUGCGCCUUCAACCCCACCUGCACCGUCGCGGUUGUCUCCACCAUCGCCGGUGUGCGACCAUUUGAGCUGGUGGAGGCGUCCGCCGCUGCGAAUCGGCAUGGCCCGAUUGCCCAGUCGCUCAUGCGGCCCCGACCCGCGCAACACGAAACGCAUGGUUCGUCCGCUGCACAUCUGGCUCUCUCCGGCGCGGCAGCGGCACAUCCGCAAAGCGCUGCCGCAUCGAAUGCGCUCUGGGCAACGCCCGUGUACGCCGCCACUGUGGCAGGGGAGAGUGCGCUCGUCGCAGUGGUGUUCCGCGCUCGCCCUGCGGUUUUCCUUGUACCCACGCACACCGUGGCGGCCGCAGAGCGACCUCCACCGACGCAAGAGAAGGACGACGCGCCAACGUUGCCAACGCACCGGCCAUUAGCACAGGAUGCUGAUGCUGAUCCUGUGCCCGACCGCGAAGACGGCGAAGACGUGGGUGCGACGUCUGGAUGCGGCAACGGACCUUCCUCGCCGUCCUCACCGGUCGAUGCAGACCGCAGCACCUCCGCGGAGCUCUUCGCCGCGGAGGCGGAGUAUCGUCGUUACGUCUACCUGUUUGACGCCACCACCGGCCUCUGCCUCGCUGCCCUGCACUUCUGCGGCUCUCCCGUCUUGGCCCUCCGCGCCAACGCCGCCGUGCUGCUCGUGAUUGCGGCGGAUCUAUUUCACGUGGUCGAACUCGACGCCCUGCAUUACGUACGUCAGCAGAGUACGUACAAGCCACCGAACCCGCGCGCCAUUCUCGAUCUCUCGUCCGCGGUGGCUGUGAAGGCAAAGAAAGCACCGCUGCCGCGCGCCGUUGCGAAGGACCAGCCCCAGUGCUCUGGGUCGCGCCACUUUCCACCUCAGUACAGCUACGCCAUCGCGUUUCCGCAGUCCGCGCGGGGCUACCGCGGUGAUGUGACGGUGCUCACGCUGCACACCACACCGCGACCCUCUCCGUCCCCCUCCCCCUCCCAAGAGCCGUCGCACGCAUCGCAGAACCUACGGAACGGCGACGCGGCAAUCGCGUCUUCUUCCCCCGCUGCGGUGCCGGACGCACCGCCCUCCAUGCAGCAGCGAACGAUCGCGGCCCACCACCACGCCAUCGCGCACCUGCGCCUCCGCCACGACGGCCGCCUGCUGGUCACCGCCUCUGAACUCGGCAGCACGCUGAAGCUGUUUGACUGUGCCACCGGCUCUCUCUUGGCGGAACUGCAGCGGGGGCACCGACCUGCCUCGGUGCUGUCGCUGGGCCUCCAGCACGAUGCCUACCGCGUUGCCGCGCUCAGCACGAACGGCACCCUGCACGUGUUUAACUGCGCGGCGGUGGUGCAGUCGUGGGAGGCAGGGCGGCGCUGGCCAGUCACAACGCCGACUACCGCGACCGGCUUUUCUUAUUCGUCGUCCUCCUCCGCCAUGAACAAAACACGCGCCGACUACAAGAUGAAGGUUCCGCCUCUUCACGGCAAGGACGCGAGGCAUCUCGUCGCGAGGGCGAAGGGCGUCAUCGGCACAAGUGUUAGCCCGACACCAGCAGAUGCCACGGCUGCUGCAGCGGCGGCGGUCAACCUCCCGAGUGACGGUUCGAUUCACUACGAUGUCGGGUUUACUGCGAAUGGACGCACGGUGUGGGUGGCGCAGGUGGAGUCCAUUGAUGCCCAACUCGCGUUUGAUGGGCGGCAAAACACUGCUGCUGCUGCUGCUGCUGUCGCUACGGGAGCUACUCGCAGCGACGAACCGUAUCGUGUGAGACAAUCCUUGCAAUUUGCAGGUCAUCAAAAGCGAUGCGUUGGCAGGUUGACGCGGUUUCCCGUGCUGCCGCCGGGCCGCACAGGAGCAGCAGACGUGGAGGUAGAGGGCGUGAGCUUCUCUAUUGAGGUCUAA